UGCGUAGUAAGCAUCCUAAAUGGCUUGGCCAUUGUUUGUUACCUUCGAAGAAUGAUACCAAAGACAGAACUUUCAAUAUAUAUUUAGCUUGUUGUGACGCAUUCAUGCUGUGCCAUACCAUUUUUCAGAUCUUCAACCAGCAAAUAAGUAAAGACUUUUCUCCUGUGCGCCCUCACUGUCUUUUGAGAACAAACCAACCCGACCUUUCCCAUUACUCUAGAAUAGCUCCACUUCAGUCGCACAUACAUAAUAAACACUUUUCGAGCAUGGCUAGCCAGGAAAAUGCCAACAGAGCGCUAUAUGAGACGUAUCUGUCACUCUGCAACGCCCACGACUUCGACGGGAUGGAAAAACUUUACACAUCGCCCAUCACUAUCAACGACGAGCCUUGGGCACCUUCCCAAGUAACGGAUCAAUUCAAACCGCUAGUGGUGGCGUUUCCAGAUUUCCGCUGGCGUGUCCGACAUAUGGGUGCCGACGGCGCUUUCCUAUACCUUCAUUUCGAGAUUACCGGCUCCCAUCAGGGCGAGUUCCAGGGAAUUGCGUCGACGGGUCGUCGGGUGAAAACCACUCAGUUUACAAUCUACGAAGUUAAGGACGGGAAAUUUACUGCUGUUUGGGACUACUUGGAUUUGGAUAAAGUUGUGGAGCAGAUUCAGUAG